GAAAAAAGUCCAGGAAAGGGUCGAUCGAUAUCAGGCAGCAAAACAGACGUAAACAUUUGUUGGAUAACUGCUAUUUGGAUGCUGAUAUUCCACUUACAUCUUGUAGCGAUUGGUCAACGAUGUUCUUCGACGCAUAAACAAAAGAAAACCAAAACAGUUCACAGCUUUUAGUGGUCGUGCUAGACAUUGAAUUUCAAGUGAGUUUAAAAUAAAAUCUCAGUGCUUUAAAAGGUGCUCUAGUGGCGUGGAGAAAGAGUUCGCGAUUCGUGGUUAGCCGUCGCUAAAUACGUUGUAACUGCUUCCGCAAGUUCAUAGCGUAGUCCGAGGAGUGUGUUUUGUGAAACGGCAGUGUCAAUCGGGGAGUGAAGAGCAACGAACGUCGUCGAAGUCGUCACCUUCGCAACAGAUCAGGUUAGGCUGAUUGUUGUUCCUUUGCUGCUGCGUAAACAGAUCACUACAAAACAACAGCAACGACACGCAACCCAGCAGACAUUGCGCGUUUCUGAAGGCCUCAUCGUACUUCCCCGUUUCAUAUCGACCUCCCCACUCCCGUCUCCCGGAAGCUAGGAUGGAUUCCGAUGACGAAAGCUUCGAGGAGCACGAUUCGGGCAAUGUGUCCAGCGGGGACGAUGAUUUUGCCAUGGACGUGGACGUAAAUAAUCCACGGGACCGUGGCCAAGAAACCGACGAGUACCCCUACGACGUGCUCACCACCGACGAAAUCGUACAGCAUAUGGUCGACUGUAUCAAGGACGUAAACACGGUCGUAGAGAUCCCCGCUACCAUUACCCGCAUACUACUGAACCAUUUCAAAUGGGACAAGGAAAAGCUAAUGGAACGGUUUUAUGAUGGUGACCAGGACAAGCUCUUCAAGGAUGCACAUGUUAUCAAUCCUUUCCGGAAGCCAAGCUUAGCAUUCAAGCCAAAGAUCAAAAAAUCCAGAACAGAGGAUUGUGAAAUAUGCUACUCAACGUUUCCUCCAAGCAUGAUGACUGGCCUGGAAUGCGGGCACCGUUUCUGCACGCAAUGCUGGCAAGAGUACCUGACGACAAAGAUUGUGGAAGAGGGGCUCGGCCAGUCGAUAGCAUGUGCGGCGCAUGGAUGUGAUAUUCUGGUGGAUGACGUAACGGUGAUGCGCUUGGUGCAAGAUUCACGAGUGCGACUUAAGUAUCAGCACCUUAUCACCAAUAGUUUUGUGGAGUGCAACCGGUUGUUACGCUGGUGUCCGUCGGCCGAUUGUACUUACGCGAUUAAGGUACAAUACGUCGACCCCCGACCGGUCAUCUGCAAGUGCAACCAUGUGUUCUGCUUUGAAUGUGGCGAAAAUUGGCACGACCCAGUUCAGUGUCGAUUACUGAAGAAAUGGAUCAAAAAGUGUGAUGAUGAUUCUGAAACAUCCAACUGGAUUGCAGCCAACACGAAGGAGUGUCCGAAGUGUAACGUGACGAUCGAGAAGGAUGGCGGUUGUAAUCACAUGGUUUGCAAAAAUCAAAAUUGUAAGCAUGACUUUUGCUGGGUUUGUCUGGGAUCUUGGGAGCCUCAUGGAUCAUCCUGGUACAACUGCAACCGGUACGACGAAGAUGAAGCACGUGCGGCUCGUGACGCUCAGGAAAAAUUGCGUUCAACAUUAGCCAGAUACCUACAUUACUAUAAUCGGUACAUCAACCACAUGCAGUCACUGAAGUUUGAACACAAACUGUACGCGGCAGUCAAGGAAAAGAUGGAAGAAAUGCAGCAACACAAUAUGUCUUGGAUUGAGGUGCAAUUUCUGAAGAAAGCAGUCGAUAUUCUGUGUCAGUGUCGCCAGACCCUCAUGUGCACUUACGUGUUUGCCUACUACCUUAAGAAGAACAACCAAUCGCUGAUUUUCGAAGAUAAUCAAAAAGAUCUGGAAACGGCAACCGAAAAGCUGUCCGAGUACUUGGAGCGUGAUAUUACGUCGGAGAAUCUGGCCGAUAUCAAGCAGAAAGUGCAGGACAAGUAUAGGUACUGUGAAAAACGUCGCAAAGUGCUGUUGGAUCACGUUCACGAAGGCUAUGAAAAGGAUUGGUGGGAGUACACCAAUUGAUGAUGAUGAUGCUGACGAUGAUAUCGAUUAUAAUUUUAGUGAUCGCAAAGUAAAGGCCCGAAGAGUUCGACUUAACAUAGAGAAAAUCCCCCUAAUUUAUACCUUUGAAUAGCACCGCGUCUGCACAAUUGUGUCAUCGACAGCGCCAGUCCUUUUGCCCGAAGCUAGGAUCGACAACCACUACCACUGUACGUGUUUGUGGACCCAUACGACCAACACCAGUUGCCCAGAACAGAUGGGCAUGCUGGGGGCACCCACAUAACCAGCAAACAUCGCAACCUUUUGGAACUUGCAUUAGUGGUAAAUUACAAUCUCUUUGGUACUACGCAUAUUUGUUUAUUCGACACACUUUCGACGGUUCUUGGAUGAGAUUGUUUGUUGAGUAAAUUGAUGGGCAAAUUCGAUCAUUUUUCUCGCUCCAUUUAACAGGAAGUGCGCUCGAAAUUUUCUUAGUUACACCGACGAUCAGCGUAGGCUAUUUUCAUAUGUAUUUUGCUCACGUACAACUGAGACUAAUAUACAAAAAGAAAAAAAAUCGUUCAUGUAUUACUGUUGGCUUUCGUUCGCCUUUCGUUUACGAUACUUUUUGAAUCCAUGCAUAUCGAAUAAUCAAUGUUUGUUUGCUUUGGAGAGUUCUACGAUUGAAGUAUGAUCCCUGUAGUAGGGAAUUACGAGAUACUCGGAAUCCAUCCAUCUAUUGCUGGUGUCAAGAUAAGUAUUUGCGCAGUACUGGAAUUCGAUAUCGAUGUGUCACACUCGGUGCGCUCCUAAUUUGUGUAACGAUAUAUUCUUUUUUUUUAAACAAGAAAU